AUGUCAUCUAAGGAGCAGGCUCUGUGGCUCUGUAAGGAAGGGGAGCAGCGAUUAGCUGUAGAAGACCUAUCUAUUGCCACUGCCUUCUAUACGGCCGCAUUCAGUUGCAGCAUCCCGACGGCUGUUGGCAAGGUGGCUUCCCUGGGUAAAGAGUCUCGUGCCAAAGUGAUUACAACUUUAACAAGGUGGUGUCGAGAUGGCAGCCCCAUUCCAAGGGUUCAAGGCCUGAAGGACACGUCUCUCAGUGUUGGAAUUGCUGCCAUUUUCCUCUCAACCCUCGACCCCAACAACAUGGCUGCCUCUCUCUGCAAGAUGGAAGCCUUGCUCAAACUGGGCCACUAUGAGGAAGUGAUGAGCCAAUGUGACUCUCUGCUUGAUGAACACCGUUGUGUGGAGCUGGUCCUUACCAAGGCUUUGGCGCAGGUGCUGUUGCAGACACGCUUCCAAAAGGGCAUCACAGAUUAUCUCUGCGUCUUUGCAGAACAUCGGGACGAGGCUGUGAAGUUCAUACGCAAUCGACAAAAGGAGCACCUCCAGCACAUCAUUGAGGCCUUCUUUGACUUCCUCUCGCUUCAGGAGAGCACUUGCUGUAGCGAGGGCCCAGAAAACUGGCAAAGGAACUGCCACGACUUCCUGGCUGCUGUUGCACCAGAGGACAUCCGUGUCUGCCAGGCACAGGCAGCCUACCUCUUUGAGAAACACAAAUACAAGGAGAGUGUGUCUGUCUACAGCAAGGCUUUAGAGGCCUUGUCUGACGCCGGUGCAUUCUGGAAUGACAGAGCGUCCGGCCUUCUCAUAGACAGGGCUGCUGCUUAUUUCUCUCUUGGUGGAAGGGUGCAGGAAAUGAUGCAGGACUUGACAGCGGCCUUUGAGGCAUGCCCAGCCCUGGCAAUGAGGCGCUUCAAGGCGCUUUUCUCUGCUGGGGAUUCCGAGAGGGUAGGAAAGCAUGCCAGAGCAGCCCUAGAUGGGGAGUUUGCUGCUUACAGAGAAGCUGUACGUGCCAGGCCUGAGGUCCGAAGCGAUGGCGGCAAAGAGCUUCUCCCCCCGGUGAUCCGCACCCUCCGCUUCCUCAUUCAGAUUUCCCCAGUGGCCAGGCGUGAACUAAAUGUCCGGCUGGCAGAUUGCUCCCUCUUGGAGGGCAAUAUCCAAAGUGCCUCGGAAAUCUGCAACCGUCUUCUGGGUUCAGAAGAGGAGACAUAUUAUAAUACCCUUCUUGCCAUCCGAGGGUUUUGCCAUCUUCAUGCCAAACGCUGCGAAGAGGCUCUUCAGGAUUUUCAGAAGAUCAUCGAAUACAGUUCCCCGCAUCCCAGCAGUUGUGUGAAGGCUCUUUGUGGUCGUGGCUUGAUCCGAGCUUGGGGUGGAAGUCCUUACCUUACAGCCCUGGAUUAUAUUACUGCCUGUAGGUUUAGAUUUGAAGAAACCAGCUUUGUGAUCAAAUCCUACGUCCCUUGGAACCAAAGAGGUUUCCUUCUGAUUAUUCUCCAAGAAGAAGCAAGGAAGAUCCUGGAACGGAACAAAGCCCCAAGCAGCAGCUCGGCGUCCCGACGGACCAAAUCGAGAGAGCUGAACAGCUUCCAGAUGAAAGAAGGGGAUGCAUCUGGGGUUCACCAACUGUCUUCUCUCCUCUUGGACCUGGACGCUUCAGAUGAGACAUCUCAGCUCCUGUGUGCUGAUGCUCUGUACCAGAUGGAUCGAGUGGAUGAAGCUCACAAGGUCCUUCUGGUGGCUCUCUCCAAACCCUCCCAGAGAUCAGCCAUCCUAGCCAGGCUGGCUCUGCUUCAGCUGAAGAAAGGCUUUUUAUAUGAUUGCAACCAGCUACUGAAGAAAAUGACCCAAGCUGGGGAGACUUCUUGCCUUCUGACUGUCAUGAAGAUUUUAAAAGCCGAAGACCGGGCAUUGAUGCAAAGCCACUGUCACUCUAGGGCCAUGACGAUUCUGAAGCAUAAGCAAGGGGACAGUUCCAUCAAAGAAGCCAUCCUCUACCUCUCCUUUGCCAUCAUCGCUGCAGGAGGUCAUGCUGUUGAUUCCCUUCUUACCAGGGCCCGCUGUUAUGGGCACCUUGGCCAGAAGAAAACAGCCAUAUUUGAUUUCAAUGCCAUCCUAAAAGAAGACCCCACCAAUGCACAGGCUUUGAGUGGGAAAGGAUUCGUUCAUCUAGCUCUGAAUCAGAAAAAGGAGGCGGUGCAAGAUCUAACCUCAGCCCUAAAAGCUGAUCCAGUCUUGGCAGUUCCAGAAAUCCUUUCGUUAAAGCAGGAAGCCCAAGUGCUGAUCCAUCAGUGGCUGGUGGAUCACUGCAAGGCCAGGCUGUCGGAAUUCUUUGCUAGCAAAAAGCCACCCAUGGGAAGCCCUCUGAAGGAACUCGCCAUAGUUGGGGAAUUGCUUGUGAAACUGAAGAGCAAAGAAGCAGAGAGUCACAUCCUCUAUGUGGACCUCUUAGCUGUGGAUGGGAGGCACAAAGAGGCUCUGACUCACCUGCAGGGAGCGUUUGGCCACACUGCACCCAACGACUCCAUCAACUCUCGCUUUGGGAUGCUUCAGGCCAAGAAAGGCAACAUGAACGCCGCAGCUCACCUUCUGGCCAGUUUGGCUGCAAAAGACUAUGCCGAUUUAGGAUACCUGAUGAGUUUCCUGGACACCAAGCAGCGACAAAGCCUUGCUCAGGUAGCUUCCACUGAAGCAAAUGCGUUGGUGAAGGAGCAAUACUACGCAAAGGCUCUUGGCUACUACUCCCUGGCCAUCUUGGCAAGCAAUGGCAAUCCACGCUAUCUUCGCCAACGUGCUGUUUGCCUAGCACACCUGAAGGACUACAGGAAGGCUUUGAAGGAUAUAGAGAAGGUGAUUCACAAUCAUGGGACAAAUGGCCUGAAGACUCAAAUUGAGGACUACUGCUUGCAGGGGGAGAUGCUCUUGUCCAUCUCGGAGGAGGAAAUGGCCGUGAAACAGUACAUCAGAGCCCUUCAGCUGGGACAGUCUUUGGCUCUGAUGACUAUCCCUGCUGACCGCAAUAGGGACACACUGUCCAAAGCAUUCCUACAAAUGGCUCAGUCCUCCUUUGCAGCGAGCCAUUAUGAAGAAGCCUGGAAGACUGUGGAGUAUGGCCUGAUGGUCGACCCAAACAACACUGAGCUUAAGAAACUUAAAAUAAGAAUUAAACGGGAGGCAUCUGGUUGCAGAGUGCAAUGA